UUUUUAACAAGAAGUGCGGCACCCAAGACAGGGCGGGGACCGCGGAAGUCUCAGACCAAAGGUGGGAGGGGGCGGGGAAAGAGAACGCCCCCUAAAGACCCAGGCUCAGCGAAGGCCUCAACCUCUCAGCCCGGCAACCACUUGGGAGCCACCAUUGGACAAGAGCAGAAAGGUGAUGAUCUCUGACUGGCUACUCAGUCCGUCGGCUCGGGCGCUUAAGCCAGUGAGAGGGUACCACUCAGUCCCGCCUCCCUGACACAGCCAGGAGGCGGAGCAGGUAGGCACCGCCCCCGCGCUCUACUGGAUGAGCACAUUGAUUCCGCCCCAUUCGUGCGUCAAUCCACGCGGGAGCCCCGCCCCUCCAGGCUCUGCGUGCGUCAGUGGGCUGCUUCUCCAGGCGCCGCUCCGCCCCAGGAUGGCGUCACGACUGUAUCUGCAUGUGAGGCCCCGCCUCACUCUUUGCAGGACGUCACCGCGGACUGCAGGGGCCUGAGCCGCUACUGCCGCCGCCUCUGCCCCUGUCGCGCAGCCCCACAUCAACGCAGGGGGCCCCGUCACCACCGCCGCCAAAAAGUCGCAGCCGCUAGGGUCGCCACCGCAUCGGUGCAGGGCAAGAUGGCAUCCGCCACAGACUCGCGCUAUGGGCAGAAGGAGUCCUCGGACCAGAACUUCGACUACAUGUUCAAGAUCCUCAUCAUUGGCAACAGCAGUGUGGGCAAGACGUCUUUCCUGUUCCGCUAUGCAGACGAUUCCUUCACGCCUGCUUUCGUCAGCACUGUGGGCAUUGACUUCAAGGUCAAGACCAUCUACCGCAACGACAAGAGGAUCAAGCUGCAGAUCUGGGACACAGCAGGGCAAGAGCGGUACCGGACCAUCACCACAGCCUACUACCGGGGUGCCAUGGGCUUUAUCCUCAUGUAUGACAUUACCAACGAAGAGUCCUUCAACGCUGUGCAGGACUGGUCGACCCAGAUCAAGACGUACUCAUGGGACAAUGCCCAGGUGCUGCUGGUGGGGAACAAGUGUGACAUGGAGGAUGAACGGGUGGUGUCGUCGGAGCGUGGCCGGCAGUUGGCUGACCACCUUGGAGUCACUACUGCCCCAACUCAACACGGAGGCCCAGAGCAUCCAAGCUCAGCUUCUUUCCAUGCAGAGUGAGUCUGGCAGCCCCAUGAGGGGAGGAGUUGCCCAUCAACAGAGAUAUAAUUAAAGUAAGAAUUCUGAGACAAGAUCUGAGACUUAGGGCUCGCAAUCCAAUGACUGGUGUCUUUAUAAGAAGAGAAGGCCAUGUGAGGACAGAGGCAGAGAUUGGGGUGAUGCGGCUGCAAGCCGAGGAACAUCUGGAGGUACUAGAAGCUGGAAGAAGCAAAGAACCAUCCACUCCGAGAACCUCCAGAGGGAGCACGGCCCCGCCGACACCUUGAUUUUGGACUUCGGGCCAGAACAGCAGGCAAGUACACUGUUGCUUAAAGCCACCGAGCUUGUGGGAGUUCAGGAGAGCAGGUUUA